AUGGGGAAGGCAAGGCACGUAGGGCGGUGGGCCAGGAGGAUGGGGAGGUGCGGUAUGUCGUUGGCAGGCGGCGGGGAGGGGGAGGCAAGUGGUGGGCAAGGAGAGAGGAGGGCGAGAAGGUCGAGGUGGGGUGCGGCGGCGAAAAGCAGGCGGGAGGUAGGGGAGGUCGGCGCGUUUCCCGGAUGUGAAGGUGAGGUGCGCGGGGGCCGUGUGGGCCAUAUCCGUGAGCUCAGGAUUGCGGCACGCCAGGAGGAGAGGGAGUUCCGUGUUCGGUGUCGGUUAUAUACGCUUAGCGCAGCCGAGAGUAGGCGUCUCCGCAAGUACGGUGUGGUGGGGGGUGGUCAUGGUGGGGUUAUGACAAGAUCGUUUUUGAGAUUGUUAGUGUUCUGGUGGGUCUAG